AUGUCGCCCACGUUGAAAUCCACACUCCUUGGGGCGGUGCUUUGCGCCGCUUCCACUCAGGCCUUCCAGAAUCCUAUUCGGAACCCUGGACCUGAUCCAUCCUUAGUUUUCGCAGAUGGAAACUAUCACUUGACAUAUACAUCAUAUGACCGCAUCCAAAUCACCCGCUCUGCCACUUUGGGAGGACUAAUCAGCGGCGAAACAAAAGUCAUAUGGACCGACACCAACACCACUAGGAACGCCAACAUGUGGGCUCCUGAGCUCCACCAGAUUGACCAAGUAUGGCACAUGUUUUACUCCAGCUGUAACUCGAAAUUGUCAUGCUGCGAUAGCUGCAACACCAGGGUUCUACGUGGUUGCGACGCUGCCGGACCGUUCGACUGCGAAUAUACUCACCUUGCUGAUCUUGUCCCCCCGGAGGGGCACAGAGGAGGGCCAGAUAACAAUUUCGGAUUCAGCAUCGACGGAACAUAUCUAGAGGUUCCUUCUUGGGGAAGCUACCAUGUCCUGAGUAUAGAUAAUGAGGACCAUGUCCAGUCUCUUGCCAUAACAAAGCUUGACAAGAGUACAUGGACUGUCGAAGGCUGGCAUGUCAUUUCGGUGCCGGAUCAGCCCUGGGAAUACAACACGACUGGUACUGACGCAAGUCUUAAUAAACCCGUCAAUGAAGCGCCACACCCCCUCUAUCACGGCGACGAUAUCUGGCUCAGCUUCUCCGCGUCCUAUUGCGGCACACCCAACUACUCACUAGGUCUCCUACACUGGAACGGAGGAGAUCCAUUGGAGGCUUCAUCGUGGAACAAGACCGGUCCCGUAUUUGCACAAGCUAAUGGAAAUUACGGUACCGGUCAUAACAGCUUCUUCACAUCUCCCGAUGGCACCGAAAUCUGGAACGCUUUCCACGCUACUCAACAGGCACGCGGGUCUUGUGGACGUGACCGAUACACUAUGGCUCAGAUUGUCACGUUUGAUGAGACCAAUACGCCUGACUUUGGGGUGCCUCAGCCAUUCUCUGCUACGCUAACCCCUCCAAGCGGAGAGUAA